CGAAGGCUCAGCAACAACUGCAAAGUUAAGUAGUGCGUACUCUGGCCUGAGUAUAGUGAGUUGAGAAAGCAUACGCCGAGCUCCUGGCAAUGCAGGUCAUCGUCGUGUAGGAAGACGAAGAUUGUAUAGAGGUAAGAAGUGUGCCGUUUCAAAAUUGACCGACAUGCGGAUACAAAAGAGAGACAAAUGCAUACCAAUAUCCGACACUGUGAGUCGGAUAUUGGUAUGGAUGUGCUUCACCGUCAUCCGCACACGGAUGACCAUGAAUGCAUCAAUGUCCAUAGGUAUUGGAUACACGGUAGACGGAAGUCUACGCGUUGCUCUCAAUGCAUAAAAGGCCCAUUGUCUCUAGCGAAUUCCUCAUUCUUCGUAUCAACAUCACCCAAGAUGUCUUCUCGUACCGAAGCCACUCGUCCUCCCCUAGCUGGUCUAGGGUUCCUACCUCCUAUAUUCUCCUCAUACUCGUUGAUCGAGCAUGGGCGAGAGAUGUCCACCCAAUCUGACUCGAGCAACGCUCGUAGUCAAGUAUCCUGCUUUCCCUCGCCCUCCGAGGAAAAUAUCGUAUAUCCCCGCCUUCCCUCUGUCGAGCCCCAAUAUACCCCCGAGCUGGACUCGGACCCGGGGUCCGACAGCACCCUCGAGCGCAAUUCAUCCAAUGCUCAAAACGAGGAGAUGGAAGACACAUGCGAGAAAGGCUAUGAAGCCGGAUGCGAAGGCGAAGGCGAUGCAAUCGCUAGGCGGAUACGCCUAAGGCACAAGCGGAGAUAUUCUCCUUUUCCCCGCGUCCAAGGCGUUUCGCCAUCCGGCUCGACGUACAAGCGCGCAAAGUCGUACGCUGCAAGUGGACUCGGCCUUGGUGUUCCCUUUGGGGUUGCCGUCAAGGCACACCGUCGCCCUGCUCACAGCGGCAUUACAGAAUACGACCGCGCACGAGCGUACAACCUCCUUGGCUUGGGCCGUCCCAGUAGUGCUGCCCAGUCAAACAGAAAACCAGGAUACUCUGUGACGGCCGCUCGCAUGCGAAGCAGUGUCAUGUCGAUCGCGCCCUCUCCAUCUCUUCUACCCACACCGCGAUUCUCUUUAGACGUCGCAUCGUAUCCGUAUAUCACACCAGAGGUAUCGACAACUGUUUCGCCACCGUCGACACCUCCUCCUGCGACGCGCUUCCCUAUCCACCUCUUCCUCGUCCAACAUAGCGCGCCGCCUACAUUCACGAGUGAAGCCAUACUUCACUCACCCCCACAGUCAUCCCAACAUUCAUCUUUUCCUUCAUUGACACCGAUCGGCCUUGGCCUUGGUAUCAAUGUACCCAUUGCUCCCUCUCCUGCUCCCGAAUUUUCGUGAUGCAACAUCUCAUAAACAUUCCAAACAUCUUUCUCUUAUCCACAUUCUACCCUAUUGAUAGACAUUGCCAUGCGAUACGGACACUCAAUUUACUCACUACUAUCCCAAGACAUCAUCAUUGAUAUGACAUUGGACAUUCGAACUGGAUUAUGGACCAUGGACUCUGCACUGUACAUAUAUGCUCUUGAUCAUCAACUAC